ACAAAAGAGACCACCUUCACACGACCAUCCUCCAAUUAUUAUAUUCCCAAUUCGGCCCAAGCCAAACCUCAUUUAUUUCGAACGCUCCCCAUUUUCAUUUCUCAAUCCUCACCUCUUUCAUUUUCAUCCUUUCUUUCAAUCCUCAAAUUAAUUCACCAAGAUUAGUGAUAGCUAAUCGCAGGAAAAUGGAUGUAAUUGCAGAAGACGGCCACCUUAAAGAUCCCGCCACGGAACUAGCUCGAAGCUUCUCGUCUCAGCUAAAGAUUUACCAUGAAAUUCCCCGUCCAGAGGAGGAGGAGGAUGAAGAAGAAGAAGAUGAGGCCGGAGAUGAGGAGGAAUUUUCAUUCUCUUUCGCCGGAGACGAAGCUUCUCUGAUCGCAGCCGAGGAUGCGUUUCUGAACGGGCAGAUCCGCCCGGUUUACCCGAUCUUCAAUGGGCAUCUUCUCCUCGGUGACGCCGAUUUGGAAGGAUUGAAAGAGAAGCCGCCGCCGGUGAAGAAUCUGUUCGUCGAGACGAACGAUUGGACACCGUCUGCGUCGGGGAACGCCGGAGAAUGGUCGGGAGAAACUCUCGAGGCGGUGGCUGGACCGGUCGGUUGUAAGAAGAGCAACUCGACCGGGUUCUCCAAAUUCUGGAGGUUCAAAGAUCUGCUGAACCGGAGCAACAGCGACGGCAGAGAUGCGUUUGUGUUCCUGAACAGUUCGGCGAGUGAUCCCGCCGGGAAAAUAGACGGGAAGAAAUCGAACUUAUACUCGUGGGCGAAAAAGACCGGCGGUGCUAAAGUCAACGCCGAUCCUGCCGGGAAGAACGUUACAAGAAAGGGUAAGAGCAAAAAGGAGCUAUCGGCUCAUGAGCGUUACAUGAAAAGCAAGGCAAAAGAUGAAGAUCGCCGGCGGUCGUAUCUGCCGUACCGGCCGGAGCUUGUCGGGUUUUUCACUAAUGUGAAAGGCGGUUUAACGAAAAAUGUACACCCCUUCUAACGAUUAUACUACGCAGAAUUUUACAGAAGUUCUUUAACCAAUUUUUUAUUCUAACAAUUAAUGAAAACUGUUUAGCAAUCAUAAAUUAUAACGGGCAUUUGAUGUAUAAAACGAUAUACGGAGUUUAAGGUUUUGCGUUGUUUUAUUAAUAUCCAAUUAUUAUUGAUGCCGU